UAAUAUACUCUAUGGUACUUCUGUGCUCUGUGGAGUGUGGACUGCGUCUAUAUUAAUCUGUGGUGAAAAAAAAAACACAUUUAUAUGUAAUGCAAAUACAAUGUUUUGAGUUUUCUCAAUUUAUUGGAAUAAUACCAUUGAUGUAUUAAUUGUCAUCAAUCAUUUAUAUUUUUAGUAUGUAAAAUUACUCAUUGAGACAUUGACAAUGUCCAAGCGUAUCAAUUAUGAAAAGGCUUUAGAAUAUUGGUCAGAAAUUCCAGCUACACUUGACGGUGUCUUAGGAGGAUUUGGAUUCAUAUCAGAUAUUGAUAUUAUAGGCUCUACUCAAUUUUUACAGUCUUUAUUUUCAAUGGAAAACAGUCCAGGAAGGGAAGUAGCCCUUGAUUGUGGUGCUGGUAUUGGGAGAAUAACGAAACUUUUGUUACUGCAACAUUUCAUUGAAGUAGACGUUAUAGAGUCUGAUAAAAAAUUCCUCAAUGAAAUAUUAAACUACGUAGGAGAAAAAAGUUCAAAUGUCGGAAAAUUGUAUCAUACGAGCUUGCAAGAUUUUCAACCAGAAAGAAAGUAUGAUGUUAUUUGGAAUCAAUGGGUGUUAGGCUAUCUAAAAGAUGAAGACUUAGUUUCGUAUUUACUAACUUGCAGAAAUGCACUCACAGAAAAUGGUGUUAUUGUUAUUAAAGAAAAUAUUACAUCUUCAGGGAAAACGGAGGCUGAUGAUGCUGAUUCAUCAGUAACAAGAUGUCUGAAACAAUAUACUAAAAUAUUUAAACAAGCAAAAUUAAAAAGAAUUAAACAAUGCAAACAAACAAAUUUUCCUAAUGGAAUAUAUCCUGUUUAUAUGUUUGCUUUAGUACCUACGAAAGAGCAUGUUAGUGAAAAUAAUCAGAAAAAUUAUUUGUUAUAAUAUUUAUUGGCAUUCAUAUCCAAAAAAAUAUAUAUAUACAUAAAUGUACUCUGUGAGUCAACUUAGAAUAACAUAAAUUUUGCCAUUUUGUCAUUCAUAUGAAUUAAUAAUCUAAGUAACCAAAUAAAAAUCAGGUAAACUGAAUAAACUGUUAUUGAAACACAAAAAA